CUUAGCAUAUCAAAUUACCUGCGCAAAUCCAUCCGUCACCCCGAAAAUACGUCGGCGUUGGCUAGGGUCGCGUGCCAGGUCACCGAGGUCAAAAGCAGUACCGGCGAUCCAUACAGAUCGUAGUUAUCCUCCCAGGUGGUAGUAGCGUGGCUUGAGCAGCUCGCGGUCGCCUUUGCACAAGUCCGAAGUACACGGGCACGACAUUCGCUCUCUCUGCAAUCGAUGGAAAAACAUCGAUCGCGCGCCCGUCGUCCCUCGGCGAAGGUGAAACCGCCGGGGAAGGUGAACCAACCGACCUCGUCUCUCUGUCAAACGUGGGUAAUCUUUCGCCGCUGUCAAACCUCUUCGUCGCCUCUUGCCGACCGCCCAGUGUUUCAAGAGAACGCCCCGUACAGACAGGUGCAGGUCAACCUAAUUCCGCAUUCUUGCACAUCAGGAUGGGUACGGCCAAACGGGAUCUCCGGACUUCCGGCGACCUGGUGAUGGCGCCGCGGGUACCGCAUGGAUUAGCGGCUGCCGUCGAGGGCCUCACCCGGGAGGUGAUACGACACCGACCGGAGGACAUUUACGUCUUUGCGGCGCAGCAUUUCGAGGAGCUGCUGAAACUGCGGGACGGGUACGGAGCGGUGGGCAGCCUGCCGGGGCGAAGCGGGAAUACCGCCGCUCUCCGGGAAAUAAACGAGUCCCUGAAAAAGCGGAGCGGCACCGACGCCCAAUCUCCAGGGGGAAAAAGUAUGAGGGAACGCAGCGGGUGGUCGAUGAACGAGACUGCGAGAGUCCUUGAGCGACAUAGAAGCAUAUUCGGCGACAAAGGGCGGAAGGUCAGUACAGAGGAGGUCAGAGCUCUUGGAAACGAGAAGGAGAAUAAAGUCAGUCGCGGGGAUGACGCUGGAGUCGACACGUUCCCGGUUAGUCAGAAGAGGCGCGGCUCUAGCGAGAGGUUCGUCAAGAGGCGGGUGCCCAGGGACGCGGACGUGGCUUCGGAUAACAAGUCGAAAAGUGACUUGAACGGAAACCCGAAAAUCAUUUCGCAGAUUCCGACCUUGACUGGCACAGGAAACCUCCUGGCUAAGGACAUCAAGUCCGAGCUCAGGAAGAACCGGAACAGCAGCAGGGACAGUCGGAGCACACGUGAAGUUGGCUCUAGGCAUCCAGGGGGGUCGAAAAAGACACUGAUGAGAUCCUCGCGCGAGAAAUCGCUGGAUAAGUUCGUCCAGAGAGAGAAGGAGGACGAUAAGGAUGAUUUGACGAGUGUAGUUAAAAAGGAGACGAACGCAACGGAUAAUCAAAAGCAGAAGUCUGACGCCAAGGCCUUAUCGAGGUCACUGGCGAAGAUCCCGAGGACGCUGAGCAUGGACAGAGUCCGGGGGUUUGUUCUUGACAAGUUCCGUUCUUCCGAAAGUCUGGAGGAGCUGAGAUCGACAAAUUAUGUCGACAGAGUGCAGGAGGUGAUCGACGAUGCGGCGCCGUCGAUACUGAGGAGGGUAAGGGAGAUGAGCGCGAGAUCUUCGGUUGGACAAAUUAGCAGUAGGGGAUACGAGUCCGUCGACGAGUCGACGAGCACUUCGACGAGAUCCGACAAGUCGAAUCAGACCGACGACGUCAGGAGCAGAAGCGCGAUGUCGGCUACGAGACGCUCGAGAAAGUCGACGCGGCGACGAAGCCGGUCGAAGUCGGAGAAGACGUCGGCGGGUGCCGAUUCCCUAGAAGGUAUUGAAACCCUCGUGUCGGAAAGUGAACCAGUGAAACAGGAGACGAAGAGCGAAAUAGCCGAAGGUACAAAGUCUGUCGAAAGUCGAGGCAGUCUCAAGGGUCUCGCGAUUUCGAAGGAAGAGGAGCGUAUAGGAUCCGCGAAGCGGAGCACUGGAAACGGUGAAUCAGACGCAUCCAAUCAUCCUGACGGUGCGAGGAAGGCUUCAGUCGGUUCGCCCAGCGUCUCCUUGCCCGCCGUCAGGCCUCCGUCUUCGAAGAAUACCUCGAGAAGCGUGUCGCGAACCGAUUCCGAUAACCUGGUACUGCCUCCGAUUCCUCCCGAGCUUCCCAGGUCCCCAAAAAAGUGUGAGGAACUCGUUCUCCCCAGUCUCCAGGCCUCGGUACGAAUCCCGGAACCGAAGGGCGGCCCUCUGGACUUGAGAACAAUCGAUGGGGAUCCGUCUGCUCUCAUAGACGCGGUUGAAGUCGAGCUUAUUCUACCCGACGCUCCGACAGAUGAGAUUUUCAAGGACAGCUUGAAUGUCACUCCGGAUAUCGGCGAGAACGCGUCGCCAAGGCCUGAUUCGCUCGAGCCUGAUGAACACGGGGACAACAUUGCUGAGCUCAAGUCGAAGCUGAAUGAAGUGGGAACGUUUGGUGCGGAUCAGGCAAGCGUUGGGAUAACCGAGAGGUUGAGGGAGAUCGAGGAAACUGAGAAGAAGAUUGAGAAUAUACUGACGGCUGAGCCGAGUCGGAGUUCGAUGGACAACGCUGGUGCUGCGUCUGUCAAAGAAAAGCUUGUGGAAAUACAAGAGCCAGAAGAGCGCCUCAGGAAUGCCAUAAAUUCCGGUGCUAAACGGGAGACGCAGAAAAUCCAGGGAGUAACAAUAGACGUUGGGGUUAAGGAAAAGCUGAUUGAAAUACAGGAAGCUGAAAAGAGAAUUGAGAAGAUAUUGCAGCCCGAAGAUCAGGAUACCCGAAACUCUGAUGUCUAUGUCGGAGUGAAAGAAAAGUUGGUGGAAGUUGAAAAGGCCGAGAAGAGAAUAGACGAAAUAUUGCGUUCUGAGCUUCGAGAUAUUCAUAAAGAAGAAAGUUGUGCUGAUGUGAAGGAGAAACCGAUUGAAGUUAAGAAUACCGAAAUAAACGUCGAGGAAACAUUGCAACGUGAGACUCAAGAGAUUCUGAGGUCGAGAAGUGAGGCGGGAACGAAGGAAAAAUUUAUGGAAAUUGACGAAACGGAGAAGAGAAUCGAAAAGAUAUUGCAUCCUGAGAUUCAGGAGACUCGGGACGACGGAAAUAACGCUGAAACUAAGGAGAAACCGGCAGCGAUUGAGAAUACCGUUAUAAUCAUCGAAACACCAUCGGAUUCCGCAUGUCGCGUAAUUCCCAGAACCGGCGUCGACGCCGGAAUAAGGGAGAAACUUAUGGAAAUCGAAGCGACAGAACAGAGAAUCGAGAAGAUACUGCAUCCUAAGGCGCAUGUCGCUGAAAAAGAAAAAAGCGAUUGUGAAGUAAAGGCGGAACCGGUGAUGAAUACGGAAGCAACCUGUUCAGAGGAUCAGAAGAUUCAGGAGAGCAGAACUAAACCUGCAGAAUUUAUGAAGGAGAAGCUGAUGGAAGUUGAAGAAGCAUCCGAACGGUUGAGAAACCUCCUCGAUCUCGCUGGGAAAGAAGAAAAACUUGACCAAAUAGGCACUGCCCAUCAUGGCGACGGAUUUGAGAACCCAAACGAUCCAGUGACGACAAGGAAUUCCGUUCCGAAGACUCCGUUUAUUCUCGAGAUACCAACCGAGUACGUUACAACCACAAGUGAAGCGGACACAAUCAAAGUAUUCGUCGCCGAAGUGGAAGUGAAUCGCUCAACACCAGGUUUAGGUCAGAAUACAGAAAGUUCGACGAACGCCGGUGAAGAUCGUGAGGAAAAAUCUGAUAAGCAUACAAACGAGAGUAAGACACCAGAUGCAAAAUCGGAUGGGCAACAGCUGCCUUCGGGGACACCAGACUCGUUGGGGAAUUCCUACGUCCUUACCGAAGGAUCGCCCUAUGAAAUACCGGACUCAGUAACGACGGUGGUGAUCCCCGAUAGACAGACGGACACGCCGUCGUCGGAGACACUUGAAAUCGUAAUCGAGGAGCAGGACGGCCGUUCAAAAACCAGCCAAGACACCGAAGAGAGUCGUGAAAUAUCGCUGCGAAAUAUCCUUGAUAAUUUCGGGGAGAUCGUUCACCAGGAGGCGACAAUCGUGGGGUCACCUCACACAGACGUUGAUUUUAUUCGAGGAUUGAAGACGAGCAAUGAGGUAAUUAUACCCAGGCAGGAUCUCGACCUGAUUAGAGAAGAAGACGAUAAAGAAGUGACGAAUUCUGUGGGGGCAGGAAGCGUCGUUACCGCUCCCAUGAACGCCGUGACUCCAACUCUCGUCGACAUAGCCGAGACGGAGGAGAUCGAUGAUGCUUCUGAAAACCGGGAGACCGUUGCAAUUAUGGAAUACACAAAGAAAUCCAUUCCCGAGGAUGGAAGCCACGGUCUGGUCGACGAAGAGGCGGGGCGGUCGUCUGAAAACCGGGAUAACGGAUCUCUGGAAAGUUCCAGAGUUGAGACAGAGAAUCGUGCCGAGGUCGAAGGACUCUGGAGGACGACGUCGCCUACCAUAACGUCGGCUCUUGGCCUGCUUCAGCGAAACAUCACGGACUCGACGACCACCGAGUCGACGGACGAGGUGAAGGAGACUACAAUAUCCGACGACGGUGGAAUAACAGCGCCCGAAUCGUCGGUGACCUCGCCUUCUUGCGCGGUGAAUAUUGGCCCCAGAAACUCGGAGUCGUCGAACGAGGUGAAGGAAACCACGAUUACCGAUCAGCCGGCUGAGGACGAUGGUAAGAAUUUGUACAGCUUGGUCCCCCAGUGCCAUGGCUCGAUGCCACACGUUCCAGAGCUCAAUUUAGACUCACUCCAGGAUAUUACCGUUUCGUCGUUUCAACUUUCGGACGAUCCGACUGCCGAAGAAGAUAGCGACGCUGGCCAGCCGCCUUCCGGCGAGAAUGAAACUUCUGCACUUAUUAAAGGGGCCGAUGAGAAUAAGGAGUCCGUUCUCGGAGAUACUAUUGUCCAGAAAAACGUUGUCGUAAGAGAAGAUCCCUGUACCAAAGUCGUCGCCUACAUCACCCAGCCGGACGCCAAUGUUAUCGGUUUUAAAUCUGCGGAUAUUGACGGUGAAAGUAAUUCGGCGACUCUGAAAAUGGGAAUUGAGGGAGGUGAAAAGAAGGUCACAGCAGUAGUUGAAAAAAUGGAUGAAGUCGCUGGACGAAUUUCUGAAACGGUAGACAAAAAGGAAGCUGAAAAGGCACCUGAAAAUAUAUCUGAGAAGAUGGUCGAGCUAGUGGAUCUAGAUGUUGUUAAGACUGAACAUGGAAAAGUGGAUGAAGAGGUAUUGGAAAAGGAAUCCGAAAAAGUACACGGAGAGUGGGUGAAAAAACAAUCUGAAGUAGUACUUGAACGAGGGGCUAGAAAAGAACUUUCGGACAUGACAGUAGAAAUACGUGAAGAAUUUUCUCAGAAGGAACCUGCAGAAGUACAUGAAAAAUUGGCGAAAAACUUGUCUGAACAGGAAACUGUAACACUGCAUGAAGACUUACCUGGAAAAGUGAUUAAAACGGCGGUUGCAGAAGUUCAGAGCGAGGUGGUUAAGGAUAAAAAGCCCCAAACGGUACCUGAAAGGGUAUCGGCAAAUGUAACUGUACGGAUCACUAACGAAGUACACGAAGAACUGGCUGAAAGUAAACCGGAAGAUGUAUACCAAGAACUUGCUAAAAGUAAACCUGAAGAAGUACACGAAGAACUGGACAAAAUCGAACCUGAAGAAGUACACGAAGAACUUGCUAAAGGUAAACCUGAAGAAGUACCCAAGGAACUGGACAAAAUCGAACCUGAGGGACCGCGUGAAGAAUUGACGAAAAAGGAACUUGAGGAAAUGUCUGAAAAAGGUGAGAGAAAGAUAGUUGAAGGAAUUCGUGAAAAAGAACGAGGAGAAUCGAUUGAAAAGGUGGAGGAAAUAAAUGAAGAAGUGCCGGUUAACACGGUUGACAAAAUGCCUACAGACGACGACGACAAGUCUAUUAAAAAGGAACCCAAAGAACAGCCUAAAGUAGAAUCUAAAAAAGAAGACGAAAUGGUACAUGAAGCGCAAACAAUGGAAGAGAAAAUCGAAGGAUCAGGCGUGGAAGAACUGCAGAUCAUCAGAGAAACCAAAAUGAAGCAUGAAGGAAUGAAUGAAAAGACAACAGAUGACGCGAAAUGGGUAUCUCAGAGCUUGCAGAUUCCGGAGGGAAUCAAGACGCCCGCGGUUUCGGCUGCACCUGUGGCCGCGUAUCCCCCGAAGGCGGAAGUAGUUACGAACAUCCUCGUCGACGACGGGACAUCCGGCGAGCGAAUGGAGUACCAUAUUUAUGUACCUGAGUUAACGGCGAGUGAGGAAAGUACCACAGAAAGUAGCACAUUCAAUUCCGCAGCGACAAAAAUUCAGGCCGGGGUUCGCGGAUUUUUGACUCGUAGGCGGCUCCAGAGUGCUCAGCGGCGUAGUUCCACCCUCGACAGUGUUCCCUCGAUUCAGGACAGCGUUGCGGCGGAUGCGCCGCACCCACUGCAACCGAUCGAGGAAGUCGGACUAGCCCAAGCUGCGACUACCAUUCAGAGCGGCUAUCGCGGCUACAAAGCCAGGCAGAGGCUACGCCGCGAGGAUGCGGUUCAAAAAACAACAUUGUCGGUAGAGAGCGCAUUUUCUGGUAACGGGCUUCAGCAUACCGGGGAAUUUCAUGACUGUAUACCACUACCGGUGAUUAUCGGCGAUACUGCAUCAAUAGCAGUAAAUCUCAAACCCGUUGUCAAGUUAUCAGCAGGACGUCAGCGCCAACGCCCCGAAUCUUCCGAGUACACCGACGAUACGGCGAUGAGUAGAGAAAUCGCGAAGGAAGCUCGGCGUCUGAUGGUCGGUGAGGAUAAUAACGACAUGGAAAACCGCGAGGGUUCAAUCGAAAAGAAUCACGAUUCCAUGGAAUCUACGAGCGUCAAGGGGGGGAAUGUUGGGGAAUCGAGCUUUCGUUUGAUCGUUGAAAAGUAUCCUCAUGCUAAUCGGGGACUCAAUCUUGUCGUAGUUUCGAGCAACGACGCGGUCCUCCAGAGUCAGUACCUCAACUUCAUAACCAGCAUCGAGGAAGUUACGAACGACACGGACUCUCUGGUCGGUCCCAAGCCGAAUUUGAAGGUGAUCGAGGACCUUCAGUCAUUACUGAAGAGUACCGCUGGCGUCGAAAGUCUACCGGUCGACAACACUUCUUGCAGUGACGUAUCUGCGGGUAGCUCGACCAGCAUCAGAGAGCCUCUUGCGGUUUCCGGGACGCCGGCGACCGGCGUCAUAAUAGAGGAACUUUCGAAAACCGAGGAGAAAAGCAUGGUUCCGGACGUGAUAACGUUGACGUCGGUAAGCAACUCGAACGACGUCAAUAAGUCGGUAACGAAUACAGAUGACGCUAACUCGGACGCACCGGGGGAUUCGCUCAUCGAUUUACCCGGAUUGUCGCUCGAAACGAGUCGUGUUACGCCGAUAGUUCCAGACGUUGGGAAGGAAACCGAGGCUGGUGUCUCGGUCGAGGAACAUCCGAAGGCCGAACUACAGGGGGAAGUACCUCAGGACGGAUCUCUUGGCACGAUGUCGUUCUCGAUGAACGUUGACGAUAUGCUUGGCCUCGGGGCGGAGAGCGAUCCUCCCUCGAAAAUGAAGCCGAUUUUCGAAGUCACCGUCACGCCCAGGGACUUGUUGAAGCUGACUAGCAACAGAUCCCAGGGCAGUCAGGCCAGCGGUGAAAGGGCCGAAUCUCCGGUCACCAUGAUGCAGACUGUGCCGAAGAGCGUUGAGGAGAAAUCGGACAGAUCGGAAGACGAGAGAUUCGGGGAGCCCAAGAGUUCGAAGGGAAAGAUCGGCAGCGUCGAAGAUUCUGCUCCGAUUAAGGAUAGUCGCGAUGAUUCAACUCAAGGGCGAAAGAAAAAUGAGAAUUCCAGUUCGGAAGAAACUUCGCGAACAUAUUCGAACGAUAAAAGUGUUCGCCAUUCCACAAUUAGAGGGGGAAAAAAUAUUCCAAGCCUUCCCGUAAUUAUUCAACCGUUGACUCAACUGAUACUUGCGGAACGAUAAGAGGGAGAAGGAGAUAUUCCGGAGUAAACCUGGAGGGCCGUGGAAUGCCUCGUGUAUACGUCAGCCUGCAUGCCAAAAUGACGGGAUCUUAACAACCUUGAGCUGUAUUUUUGGAUGGUCCGUCGUCGAGGUGCAUACUGUUCUAUAGAUGAGGUUCUUUCUAUAUUGUUCGACGAAGAAGAGGCCGUGUCACGAGAUCCGAUAUACCAUUAUCGAUUUAUGGAUCGCACAAUUGGAUAGGCUGAAGCUCAGUUGGGAAAUAUAUUUGACAUUCCACCUGUGCAAUGAAGGCAACUAGAUUGAUGAGAAAUCAAUUCGUUACCCUGUAAUUCGAAGUAUAUUCUACCAGGAGACAAUGAGAGACCUGCUGACGAUGUUUGCCGGAAAUCGAAUAGUAAAUUGAUUUACUUUACGGGAGAAUACGAAUAGCACACGGCAGUGGCAAAUAUAUACUGUGCAGAUACGCAUUGGUUUGAACGACGUCGAGUCGGGCCAUUGGAGCUUUCGAAGGGCAGUAUUUAUAUUCUUGAUUCAUUUGCACAGUUCCAAACGAGGCCAUUUGAAAAAUCAAUAAACCAGCAACAGCUUCCACUCGCAUUUUGCACUACGCAAGUGUAUUCUAUAUUGACGGAUGUGCAGAAUGUGAAAAAAAAGAAACCGCAACGACCACGAUGUCUCCAAUAUCUCUGGUCCACUAUAUCGUACAUUUAACUACCGAUGCUUGUUUCUUGGACAAACUGUAUUGUAAACAUAAUCCGUUCAUGGCUGGCGUCCAAUGACAGGGGAAUCCCAGUCUCUCUCAAUCUUAUCACUUGAGUCUAUAUGUCUUCCGUUUCUCUCACGCCUGUCAAGUCAAAGAACUGCUUAUGACUAAAAACCGAAAAAGAUUCAUAUAUGAUAAUGGCGCAAUGAUCUCAGUUGGCGAUCACUUGUUACGUUCACAUAGUGUAGGUAUACCAAUUGUUCGUUGGGAUGUACAAAGAAAAGCUGAGGACAACAAGAGGAGCAGUGGAGGAUGAAAAUAAAUCGCCCGUUGAUGAGAAUGCCGUUGCACAAACGGACAGGGUGGGGAUUGGUAAUCGAACCGAUCACAAUCGGUAAUUGAGCUGAUCACGUACGCCUCACAACGAUCUCUGUUAGCAUUAAAUCAGGCGAAAUAGCCAGGCCAGGCCAAUCCUCUUUCUUUCAUACGAAAUGCCGAGCUCAUAACAAAUAUGUUUGUCCGCAGUGAACGUAACCUUGACGAAAAAUAGCCAGAUUCUUCGACUCCGGUAUAUUGUGACCGCAGCGCGUGGUAUGCAGUUCGAGAUAAAGCGAUGCGGGAGGGAUUCGAAGCUGCUCUGCACAGUAUUCAUCUUCAUUCUCAUGUAUCUGCCAUUUAAAGAAUUGCAGGCGGUA